AUGACUAGUCCAACCGCAUUCUCCGACUUCAACCCAUCCUCUAUCGCCGAAUUCAUGCCAUUUCCGGCCACCUGCAUCCCGUCAAGCAGCAGAGCCCCAGUUCAGGCGGCACCAACAGACAUCUAUAAUGCGUCGUUCCCUUGGUCUUCGUCGGUCUCUCCUGAUUCCUUCCCGCUUGCAGACUCUGGUUUGGCGGACCGUUCCUGGAUACCGCUGGACCAAUAUAACUCGUCGAGGGCGUAUAUGACCGACGUGGUCGUGAGCGUCUUUCUCAUACCCCUAAAUAUGGACCGAAGCUCCCUGCGGCCGACAUCAUUGCAGAAAAGCGUUCCACACGAGAGUUGGAUCGACUCGGUGCCUUUUCCCAAGCUUCGAGAUAACCUGAUCAUGUACCAAGACGUGUAUAACACGACUGAAUUUUACAAUAACAUCGCGAACGGCGGGUCUCAGGGGUAUCAGGAUGACGAGGUGGACAUGGUGCUGUGUGAUCCGUGGGGCGAGGAGGGAUGGGAGAUGAGUGAAGGUUUUGUAAGAAAAUGGGGCCCCCUACUGGAAGGCUGUGAAAUGUUGGUGAGGGUAACACAAGUAUAG